UAUCUUUCAUUCUUAUUAGUAUAACUAAGCUAAAAUCAUGAGUAUUAUCGUUCAAAAUCAAGACGACUGUUGUCAAAAUUCUACUGCUGUCGAUCAGACGACUACUGGUAUUUUCGAUGGUGAUCACGUUGAAAAUAUUGGUUUGGAUGUUUUGCUUGGAGUUGUUAUGGGUUUUGCUUUAUACAUUCUUGUCGUAUUACUUAUAUACGAAAGAUCUCUUAGAGUGGGAAUUGCGCCAAUGUUGGGAAGAACCAUUAGAGGCAGCAUACACUCUCCUGCUGCUAAGAAGUCUCGAAAAAUUGGGAGGUGGCUGAGAAUACUCUGUGUCAUCAGUGCGGCCCUAUGUGUGUGUACAUGCAUAAACGACUUGAUUUAUUAUAACGUACAAAUGAGAUCGGAUGCAGGCUGUACAGCUGAAAGAAACAUCGGAGUUUGUCUUCUCUCACUCUUGGAUGCAACAAUCUACAUGUUUCUCUGGCUUCGUCAAUAUAUUGUGUUUGAAAACUUAAGAUUUGAAAGAAAAAUCACCCGAUACUCAGUUCUCAUACUCAAAUGGACAACUCUGUUCUUUAUUAUUGGCCUAUGUCUCGUCACAAAUGCCUUACUAGCUUGCUGUCGACGCUACGAAUACAAUCCGGAUAUUAAUCAUUGUGAAAAAGUAACGGCGGAUCCAAUAGACAAUGCCUUUGGAUAUCUCUGGACAGCAGGAAGCAUAUCUCUUCAUUGUACUCUAGUAGCUAUGUUUGUUUUCCCUCUGAUAAGAUUGCAAAGCAACAGCGCUGAAGUGAAGCCAUCAAAAAAGGGAAAAGUCACGUCGAGUAGUCGCAAACGCUUGUUGGCGCUAGUACGUCGUUGUUUGAUCGUUUCCAUAUUAUGUGUCUUGACAGACGUAUUCGUCAUGCUUUUUACGGAGUAUGUAAUCAAUGGACAAAAUGACAGUGAAUUAAGGCAUUUUAUCUACAACUUGAACGUGUUGGUAAAUAUUACUUUAAUUGUAAUAAGUUUUAAAGAAUGGCGCCAGAUGUUGCUUCCAUGGACCACAAACUGUGGACAGAAUAACGAAGACAAUUCGGACGAAUUAAUGGUGGGGAGUCUGCAAACUGUAACUAAGUCAGUUGUAAACAACCCAGAUCCCGAACAGUAAUUUUAUGAAUACAAUACCGCAAAUAUGCUCCUUUUUCUAUUUAUUAGUCCAUAAAUUCCAGUAUUGGUACAUAUUUACUCAGAUUUUUGAACAAUUCAAUAAUUACGCUUAUAUAACUAUUUUAGUAUCCUGUAUCAAUAUGUGAAUACAUAAAUCAUUCAAAUCUGAUCGAACUUUCUUAGCGAUGUUAUGCUCUUGCAGACAACGAAGGCGACUCCAAAGCAAGCAUAACAAGGUUAAAAUUUUCCGUUUUAUGUGUGAGCUUGUUAAAACUUAUAUCACGCUUUGGAAUAAAAAAUUGAUAGUAAAGUUAAAUGCGUAUACUGAGGCGAAUAUCAGCAUAUAUAUUGCCGUGACAAAACGCCAGGAAAGAUUGUUCGUCACAAGAUUUUAAAAUAAAUACCACAUUAGAUUUAAUUUUGAUAUUUGGUCAUCGAAUUGUAGUGAUACGAGCUGCCAAACUUAUGCCUAGCAAAAAGAUCAUGAGCAUUUUAUUGUUGUUUUGGAUGUUUCUUUUAUCAAAAAACGUUCGUUAAAU